ACCGAACGAGAAAAAAAAAAAAAAGAAGAUCUCGUACGUUCUCUUCUCUCUCCCUGUCUCUCCCCAUCAUCAUAACAGGGGACCAAAAGGGUCUCUCUGUUUCAUUGAUUUAUUGGUAUUACCCCAUCAAAGAUCAUUUCUUUUUUGCUCUUAGGUUACUUUAAGAGAGAGAGAGUUGGUGGAAGGUAGGAAAGCAAGGAGAGACCAUGGUGGCUGCAAAUAGAGAAAUGGCUGCGUAUUGCUUUGAUACUCUUGUUGCUCACUACAAUUCUGAGGAUGCUCCUCCUCCUGCUUUCGAUGAGGGCCAACACCCGUUGUUCGUCACUUGGAAGAAAGUUGUCAAUGGAGGUGAGCCUCAUUUACGUGGAUGCAUUGGAACUUUGGAAGCUCUGUACAUAAUUACUGGAUUCCGGGACUAUGCUUUAACAAGUGCUUUGAGGGACCGCAGAUUCCCUCCUAUACAAGCUAAAGAAUUGCCUACUCUGGAAUGCACGGUUUCCAUUCUGACUGAUUAUGAAACGGCCAACCACUAUCUUGAUUGGGAGGUUGGAAAGCAUGGUUUGAUUAUUGAGUUUACUGACCCUAAUAACAAUGCAAGGCGAAGUGCCACUUAUUUGCCUGAAGUGGCUGCCCAUGAAGGUUGGACGAGAGAGGAGGCAAUUGACUCGCUGAUGCGCAAAGCAGGCUACACUGGCCACAUUACGGAGUCACUCCGGAAGUCUAUACGAGUGACUCGUUACCAAAGCACAUUAUUUACCUUGACCUAUAGUGAUUAUGUCUCAUAUGUCAGGGAAACCAGGGGUGCAGCUCCGUCUAUUAAUGGGGUGAAGCACGUCAACCAUUAAUUCAUCCAACAAGCUUGGUUAAAAAGAAAACGUUUGUUUGGCAUGAGAAAAAAAAUAUUCAAAAUCAGACUAUUGGGGUGGAAUAUAUCUGUUUUUGUUCCACCAAAAUUCCUUCAAUAACUGUUAUGAAUUGUCCUUCUCUUUCUUCAAAUUCAUAUGAUUUUGAAGAAACAAAGAAGCAAUAAACACACAUUAUGGUGAUGAACUCAA